GGAGAGACUUGACAAACAUACAGGUGCUGCUUGUGUUUUGUGCUAGGUGUGAAAGGGGGAGAAAAUGUGCAGCCAGACCAAGCUGAAAAAUAGGGCCACAGAAUACUUAGAUGUUGAUGCCUUACAAGCCAGGCUUUUAGGAAAAUGCCUUUAACCAGUGGGAAGAUGCAGUUGGACAAGGAGAGGAAGAUUAAGAGAAAUUUGUUGGCCUUAAAACGUGACAUGGACGCUAAAGACCUAACAGAUUAUUUUAUAGAACAAGAAAUAUUUGACUUCCCAGAUGUAGAGAGGAUCAACGGUUAUAAUCCGAACACAACUGACAACCGGAAUAACUGUUUUUUCCAGUUAUUAUUCCAAAGUGGUGAUCGAGCGUAUGAUGUGUUUUUGUAUUCUUUACGUCAAAAUCAGCAAGAGCAUUUAGCUGAUAUGAUUGACAAUACACAGCUGAAUGAUGGAGCUGCCCAGCAACAAGCAGUUGCAGAACCACAUAGUUGGAUAUACAACAUGCCUCCAAAUGUACGAUUCCGAAGAUUUACAGAAAAAGACGUCAGUCGUUUUGCUCAGACUUUAGGCAAUGAUUGGCAGCUUGUAGCGUAUGAAUUGGGACUUACAAAAGUUGAAGUAGACCAUUGUAUAAUGGAGCAACAUACUCCAGUUAUGCAGAUAUAUGCAGCAUUGCAAAAAUGGAGAGUAAAAAAUCCAGCUGCGUGUACUUUAGAUAACUUUGUAAAUGUAGUAAGGGAUUGCCAAGCUACAUCAGUAGACUGGGAUCAGAUGUAUAAAACUGCUGCAAGCAUGUGAUCAAUUUUAAUACAGGGAUAAAGUUCUGUUACUAUAUGAUAAUUGAUGUUUCAAGCCCCUUUGUGAUCUUUUUCAUAUGACUGAUGGAUCAGUUUUGAUAAUCAUAUCUGUGUAUAAUUUUAUUGUAUAAUUUUUAGCUCGACUAUAUAAAGUAUUUGGAGAGCUAUCCUACUCACCCCGGCGUCGGCGUUUUUCCGCAUCCCCACCUUGGUUAAAAAAAAUUUACACUUUCUAUUUUUUCUCCUUAUCUCUGUAAUUACUUGAUGGAUUUGCUUCGAACUUAAAAUACUUAUUCCUCAUCAUCAUCCACAUCAUAUGGCACAAGGGCCAUAACUCUCACACCAAUAUUUUAUGAAUUAUCCUCCCUUUUUACUUAAAAUUUCAGGUUAAAGUUUUGAUGCACUUUCACUGUAUCUCAGUUAUUCCUAAAUGAAUUUGAUUCAAACUGAAAGUAGUUGUUUCACAUCAUCUCCCACAUCAUAUAACAAAAGGCCCAUAACUCUGGUACCAAUAUUUAAUGAGUAAUCCCCCUUUUUACUUAGAAUUUCAGGGUAAAGUUUUAAUAAACUUUCACUCUAUUUCAGUUACUAAAUGGAUUUGAUUCAAAUUAAAAGUAAAUGUAGUUGUUCCACCUUAUCACCCACAUCAUAUGACACAAGGUGCAUAACUCUUGCACCAAUAUUUUAUUAAUUGUGUCCUCUUUUUUGCUUAGAAUUAUACUUAUAUAGUGUUUUGAUACACUUUAUCUUUACCUCUCUUAUUACUUAAUAUUUUUGACACAGACACAAGCUAUUGUUCAGUAUCUUCAUCCACCAUUGGAGUCAUUAAAUACUCCAGUGACAGCUCCAGUUUCCUCAGAUGUGCCCAGUUUCACUAUCCAUCAUUGAAAUAGUCAAGCGCGCUGUCUCCUAUGACAGCUCUUGUUGAACUUCUUGUAUAGUUUUUAUUAUUGUGGAAAAAUGUAGUGAAAUCCAAGGAGUGAUUUACUUUUGAAUGAGUUACAUGUAUACCUAAAGCAGUAAAUCUAGGUAGACUUUAGUGAUUACCUGGUGUCCAGUGUCUUUUGGAAUAAACUUGUAUGCAGGUACCAUAGCACUUUUAUUUAUUACAGAAGUAAUAUGACUUGUUGAAUUGCAAUUCAAGCAAAAGGAUAAAUGCUUUAGUGUAUUAACUGUAGAUUGUGUAAUGUUCACAAUUCUUUUUAGCUCGACUAUACGAAGUAUAAGGAGAGCUAUCCUACUCGCCCCGGCGUCGGCAUCGGCGUCUUUCCGCGUCCCCACCUUGGUUAAAGUUUUGGUGCACUUUCUCUUUUUUCAACUUAUCUCUGUAAUUACUUGAUGGAUUUGAUUCAAACUUGAAAUACUUAUUCCUCAUCAUCAUCCACAUCAUCUGACAUAAGGGCCAUAACUCUGGCACCAAUAUUUCAUGAAUUAUUCCCCCUUUUCACUUAGAUUUUCAGGUUAAAGUUUUGAUGCACUUUCACUCUAUCUCUGUUAUUACUGAAUGGAUUUGAUUCAAACUUAAAAUAGUUGUUCAACAUCAUCACCCACAUCAUAUGACACAAGGUGCAUAACUCUGGCACCAUUUAUUAUGAAUUAUUCCCCCUUUUUACUUAGAAUUUCAGGUUAAAGUUUUGGUGCACUUUCACUCUACCUCUGUUAUUACUGAUUGGAUUUGAUUCAAACUUGAAAUAGUUGUUCAGCAUCAUCACCCACAUCAUAUGACACAAGAUGCAUAACUCUGGCACAACUUUUCAUGAAUUAUUCCCCUUUUUACUUAGAAUUUCAGGUUAAAGUUCUAUGCACUUUCACUCUAUCCCUGUUAUUACUGAAUGGAUAUGAUUCAAACUUAAACAAUUGUUCAACAUCAUUACCCUUAUCAUAUGACACAAGGUGAAUAAAUCUGGGACCAAUUUUUCAUGAAUUAUUUCCCCUUUUUACUUAGAAUUUUAGGUUAAAGUUUUGAUGCACUUUCACUCUGUCUCUAUUACUGAAUGGAUUUGAUUCAGACUUAAAAUAGUUGUUCAACAUCAUCACCCGCACAAUAUGACACAAGGUGCAUAACUCUGGCACCAAUUUUCCAUUAAUUAUUCCCCCUUUUUACUUAGAAUUUUAGGUUAAAGUUUGAUGCACUUUCACUCUGUCUCUGUUAUUACUGAAUGGAUUUGAUUAAAACUUAAAAUAGUUGUUCAGUAUCAUCACCCACACUAUAUGACACAAGCUGCAUAACUCUGGCACCAAUAUUUAAUGAAUUAUGCCCCUUUUUGCUUAGGAUAUACUUAUAUAGUGUUUUGAUACAUUUUAUCUUUACCUCUCUUAUUACUUUAAGUUGAUAUUUUUGACAUAGACUUAGGCUAUUGUGCAAUAUCUUCAUCCACAGUUGGAGUCAUUAAACACUCCAGUGACAGCUCUAGUUUCCUCAGAUGUGCCCAGUUUCACUAUCCAGCAUCGAAAUAGUCGAGCGCGCUGUCUCCUGUGACAGCUCUUGUUUUCUCACUUGUACCCCGGGGAAAAAAACUGACCGUUGCACCGGUAUUCAUGAAUAAUGCUUCUGAAGAAUUCAAAAUAUGCACGAAUGUUUAUCAUGUCUUACCGGUAAAACACAAACACCCUUGACACAUUGUCUUGAUUGAGGUUGCUUGCCAUGAAAAUGCUAAAUGUUAAAUAAAGGUUAUGCAGAAAUUACUCGGUCUACAUUACUUGAUAUAGUGUCCAGUUUCAGGCAGUAUAAGGGACUUUUCUGGAUUAAAUUUUGUGUUCGUUGACUUAUUUUGGCAUUCAUGAUGAAGAUGUGACUGUUCAGGUGAGCAAUGUAUGUCCGCCUUGACCCUCUGCUUCCUCACACUAACAGUUGUGACUGUUCAGGGGAGCAAUAUAUGUCUAUCUUGGCCCUCUGCUUCCUCACACUAACAGUUGUGACUGUUCAGGCAAGCAAUAUAUGUCCACCUUGACCCUCUGCUUCCUCACACUAACAGUUGUGACUGUUCAGACGAGCAAUAUACUAGUAUGUCCACCUUGACCCUCUGCUUCCUCACACAAACAGUUGUGACUGUUCAGACAAGCAAUAUAUGUCCACCUUGACCCUCUGCUUCCUCACACUAACAAUUGUGACUGUUCAGACGAGCAAUAUAUGUCCACCUUGACCCUCUGUUUCCUCACACUAACAGUUGUGACUGUUCAGACAAGCAAUGCAUGUCCACCUUGACCCUCUGCUUCCUCACACUAACAGUUGUGACUGUUCAGACGAGCAAUGCGAGUCCGCCUUGACCCUCUGCUUCCUCACACUAACAGUUGUGAAUGUUCAGGCGAGCAAUAUAUGUCCACCUUGACCAUCUGCUUCCUCACACUAACAGUUGUGACUGUUCAGACGAGCAAUGCAUGUCCACCUUGACCCUCUGCUUCCUCGCACUAACAGUUGUGAAUGUUCAGGCGAGCAAUAUAUGUCCACCUUGACCCUCUGCUUCCUCACACUAACAGUUGUGAAUGUUGAGGCGAGCAAUAUAUGUCAACCUUGAUCCUCUGCUUCCUCACACUAACAGUUGUGAAUGUUCAGGCGAGCAAUAUAUGUCCACCUUGACCAUCUGCUUCCUCACACUAACAGUUGUGACUGUUUCGACGAGCAAUGCAUGUCCACCUUGACCCUCUGCUUCCUCACACUAACAGAUGUGACUGUACAUUGAGCAAUAUAUGUCCACCUUGACCCUCUGCUUCCUCACACUAACAGUUGUGAAUAUUCAUUGAGCAAUAUAUGUCCACCUUGAGCUAAGAUCAAGGUCACAGGGGCCUGAACAUAGAAAACUCUUUCCAAUCAAUAACUUGAUAACCACUUGACCCAGAAUGUUAAAACUAAACAGGAUGAUUAGACAUGCAGAGUAGAUGACCCCUACUGAUUUUGGGGUCACUCGAUCGAAGGUCAAGGUCACAGGGGCGAGAAGAUGGAAACCACUAGGCCCAGAAUGUUGAAACUUAGUGGGAUGAUUGGGCAUGCCAAGUUGAUCCCUAUUGCAGUCGGCCAUCAUUGUCUCCUGUCCCCUAUUGACUUCUUGCCUAUAAGACUUUGCAUUGGGGCAGACAUGCGCUUUUCUACAAAAGCAUCUUCUAGUUUCCAUUGUCCUUGGUGUCUUUUUUAUGCCCACGGGCAUAUAGCGAUUGAACUGUCUGUUAGUCCAUCUGUCUGUCCGUAUGAACCACACAGCCUACAGCCUACAUAAUUGUCCCAAUUUAGUUCAUACUCACCCUCGACGAUCCUUGACUGCCUCGGUAGCCUAGUGGUAGUGCACCUACUUCGAGUGCAGGAGGUCUUUGGUUCAGUAUCUGGCUGCGUCAUACCAAAGAUGUAAAAAAUGGUAUUAAUAGCUUCCUUGCUUGGCACUCAGCAUUAAAAGGAUAACGCUAGGACUGGUCAGCCCAGUAUCAGUAAAGUGUGACUGGGUGGGGUAUCAUGUCACGUGUCUAUGGCUUAAUAUUCCAGUGAAGCAGCACUAUAAAAUUGGGCAUUGUGGUCACUGCUACAAGUAAACACUGUUGUUUAUAUGACUGAAAAAUUGUUGAAAAACCCAAACACACACACUUUCAACAAUCUUGUGGCAAGACCUUCAAACUGACUUACAUAUGAAUGACCUUGACCCGCAUAUGAUCUUCAACUUAAAACUUUAAACCUUAAUAAGCAACAUUUUUUGUCCUACAGCCCACAUAAAUGACCCAGUUUAGUUCAUACUCACACUAUACAACCUUUUGGCAAGACCUACAAACUGACCUAUAUUAUAAAUGACCUUGACCCCCAUAUGAACUUCACCUUCAAACUUAAAACUUUAACAAACAAUAAUUUCGGUCCUACAGCCCACAUAAUGAACUAAUUUAUCGAAAGUUCAUACUCACACUCAACAAUCCUUGUGGCAAGACCUACAAACUGACCUAUAUAUUAAUGACCUUGACCCUCAAAUGACCUUCACCUUCAAACUUAAAACGCUAAACAGUGAUGAAAUAAUGCACAGAGGGGCACCUGGGGUCUUCCUCCACCAUUAAAAGCUGUGUCCGUGCGACGUUAAAUCCAAAUAAAUAAAAUAAAUAAAACGCUAAACAACAUUUUUGGUCCUUAGUACAACCCACAUAAUAACCCAGUUUAGUUCAUACUCACACUCAACAAGCCUUGUGGCAAGACCUACAAACUGACCUGUAUAUAGAGGACCAUCAUAUGAUCUUCAUCUUUAUAAGAAAACAAAUUUUUGUUUAUACACCUGGGGGCAUGAUAUUGCAUUUUGAAAACGCAGCUCCUUGUUUUAAGAGCAAAGAUCACAUAUCCUAUUUCUAGGAUGUUAGUCAAUAUCUUAAGUGCUUUAGCUCUGAAAUAAGUCAGUUAGAUGUACAUGUAUAUAUUAUUAUAAAACAAAAUGAACUUCA